AGAAGAGAGGAGGUGCUAUUUUGAUUGAUAUUUCAAUGCUGUAUAUAAAGCAGAAUUCCACACUCCCUCUGCUUGCCAUAUUGGUCUGCAUGCUCUCAUCAGGACUUGUGGCUACUUGUUGUACUGGUCACAUAUUGGGACUAAAGAGGGACUGAAACUAUGCCAGAACCCACCAAAAAAGCUGAUGAAACGGAAACAGAGAAUAUACUCCCUCCAGAGCAAAACAAACCUCAGGAAGAUGGAACUGCCCCAGGAAAAGAAGAAAAGGAGAGUGACAUAAUGAUCGUAAUUCUACCAUCAGAUGAGAACAGCAGUGACACAACCUCCUCUUCAGAAGAUGAAGAUGACUCUUCGACUGCAGAUGGGACAAAUGAGUCCGGAGAGAGAAAGGACUCAGUGUGGUCAAUGGGUGAUGGUGUCCCAGAAGAAGCAGAAAAGCAAGACAAUUCUCAGAAAUCUGUUUUAUUUAUUGAAAAACCAAAGAGCGGCUCAAUUAGUGUUGGGCAAAAUAUCACAUUCAUAGCCAAAGUAGAAGCUCAGGAUCUUCUCCGAAAGCCAACUGUUAAGUGGUUUAAAGGGAAAUGGAUGGACCUGGCAAGCAAAGCUGGAAAACAUCUUCAGCUAAAGGAAACAUUUGAAAGGCAAACCAAGAUUUAUACGUUUGAGAUGCAUAUCAUUAAAGCCAAAGAAAACUAUGCAGGAAAUUACAGAUGUGAAGUGACAUAUAAAGAUAAGGUUGAUAGCUGCUCUUUUGAUCUGGAAGUCCAUGAAGUUUCAUCUGCACCAUCAAUAGAUAUCCGAUCUGCGUUCAAAAGAAGCGGUGAAGGACAAGAGGAUGCAGGAGAACUUGACUUUAGUGGUCUCCUGAAACGUAGGGAAGUUAAACAAGAGCCAGAAGAACCUGAUAUAGAUGUGUGGGAGCUUCUGAAGAAUUCAAAUCCCAAUGACUAUGAGAAAAUUGCCUUUCAGUAUGGGAUUACAGACCUGAGGGGCAUGCUGAAACGUUUGAAGCGCACUCGCAGGGAAGAAAAGAAGAGCGCAGCUUUUGCUAAAAUUCUGGAUCCUGCGUAUCAAGUGGAUAAAGGAGGUCGAGUAAGGUUUGUGGUGGAGCUGGCUGAUCCAACUGUUGAACUUAAGUGGUAUAAAAAUGGCCAAGAAAUACGACCAAGUGGAAAAUAUAUUUUUGAGCACAAGGGUAAUGAAAGAAUCUUAUUUAUCAACAACUGCUCAUUGACAGAUGAUGCCCGUUAUCAUGUCACUGCUGGUGAUGAGAAAUGCUCUACAGAAUUAUUUGUAAGAGAGCCUCCAGUACUGGUGACAAAAGGUCUGGAAGACACCAGUGCUUAUAUUGGUGACAAAAUUGAAUUAAGCGUUGAAGUGUCUGAAGAUGAUGCAAAUGUGAAAUGGUUUAAAAAUGGUGUAGAGCUGCCUCUUGAGGGAAAAUCACGAUAUAAAGUGAAGGUUGAAGGUAAAAAACAUACACUGAUCAUAGAAGAAGGAACCAAAGCUGACAAUGCAACUUAUUCAGUGAUGACAACUGGGGGACAAUCGGCUGCCAAACUAAAAGUUGACUUGAGACCUCUGAAGAUAUUACAUCCAUUGGAAGACCAGACUGUGAGGCUUGGCAAAGAGCUGUCUUUGAAAUGUGAGAUCUCUGAGAAUGUAGAAGGGAAGUGGUAUAAAAAUGGGCAGCUGCUCCAACCCAGCGACCGCAUCAAGAUGUAUCAUAAAGGAAGAAUCCAUCGGCUAAUUAUUGAUAGCUCACUGGUUGAAGAUGACGGCGAAUACAUGUUUGUUCCAGAUUCCUAUAAUGUUAAUAUCCCCUGCAAAGUGCAUAUUAUAGAUCCUCCUAAAGUCCAUCUUGAUGGGCUUGGUGAAGGCAAUACAGUAACAGUAGUUGCAGGAACCAAGUUACGACUUGAAAUCCCCAUCUCUGGAGAGCCUCCCCCAAAGGUUAUGUGGAGCAAAGGGGACAAGUGGCUCAUGGAUUCUGCAAGCAGAAUACGGGCAGAGAAUUAUCCAGACAGCAGUUGUUUGGUGAUUGAUUCCGCUGAAAGAGAAGACUCUGGUGUCUACAGGAUAAUGCUAAAGAAUGAGGCUGGGGAAGACACAGCCCAUAUCAACAUCAAAGUGGUUGAUAUUCCUGACCCUCCAGAAGCACCCAACGUAAUUGAAGUAGGAGAAGACUGGUGUAUAAUGAACUGGGAACCUCCAGCAUGUGAUGGUGGAUCCCCUGUUUUAGGAUACUACAUUGAGAGAAAAAAGAAGCAAAGUUCCAGGUGGAUGAGGCUAAACUUUGAUCUUAUUAAAGAAACAACGUUUGAGCCCAAAAAGAUGAUUGAAGGAGUUGCCUACGAAGUCCGUGUGUUUGCUGUUAAUGCUAUUGGUACUUCCAAACCAAGCAUGCCUUCAAAGCCUUUUGUGCCAUUGGCUGUCACAAGUCCACCUACUUGCCUGGCAGUUGAUUCCGUAACAGAUACCACAGUAACCAUGAAGUGGAGGCCACCAGACCAAAUUGGAGCUGCAGGUUUAGAUGGCUAUAUUAUAGAGUAUUGCUUUGAAGGAAGUUCCCAAGCAGCCACUACAGAGAGCAAGGGAAACAAUGAUUCAGUGCAAAUUAAUAGUGAGGAGGCAGACGGGGGCAAGACGCAGACUGAAGAAACGACACCUAAACCCUCGGAAGAAUGGAUUGUGGCUAAUCCAGAGCUCACCGACAAAACUAAGUUCACCAUCACUGGUCUUCCAACUGGAUCGAAAAUCUUUGUCCGAAUAAAAGCUGUGAAUGCUGCUGGUCCCAGUGAUCCUCGGUUGCAUCCACAGGCUAUUUUAGUCAAGGAAGUUAUUGAACCUCCAAAGAUUCGCCUCCCAAGACAUUUAAAGCAAACCUACAUUCGAAGGGUUGGAGAAGCUGUAAAUCUUGUGAUUCCUUUCCAGGGAAGACCAAGAGCUAAGGUAUCUUGGAAGAAAAACGGUGCCCAUGUAGACAAGAGCCAAAUUAACAUCCGCAACAGUGAAAAUGAUACUAUCAUCUUCAUCCGAAAAGCAGAAAGGAUCCACUCUGGGAAAUACGACAUGAAAGUCAAAGUAGACAACUUGGUGGACAAAGCUACAAUAGAAAUUCAAAUAGUUGAUCGCCCAGGCCCACCCCAAGUGGUAAACAUAGUAGAUGUAUGGGGAGAAAAUGUUGCUUUGGAAUGGAAGCCACCCAAGGAUGAUGGAAAUGCAAACAUUACUGGUUACACCAUUCAAAAAGCUGACAAAAAGAGUAUGGAAUGGUUCACUGUUAUUGAACACUACCACCGAACCAGUGCUACCAUUACUGAACUUGUCAUUGGCAAUGAGUAUUACUUCCGGAUCUUUUCUGAAAACAUGUGCGGUCUCAGUGAUGAUGCAACAAUGACAACAGAAAGUGCUGUGAUUGCCAAGGAUGGUAAAGUCUACAAAAACCCAGUUUAUGAGGAUUUCAAUUUCACCGAGCCACCAAUGUUUACUCAGCCUUUAGCUAACACAUAUGCUGUUUCGGGUUACAAUGCAACUUUGAACUGCAGUGUCAGAGGAAAUCCCAAGCCCAAGAUAACAUGGAUGAAGAACAAAAUAAUUAUAAGUAAUGAUCCACGGUACAGGAUGUUUAGCAAUCAGGGUGUUUGUACCUUGGAGAUCCGCAAACCCAGCCCUUAUGACGGUGGCACAUACACUUGCAGGGCUGUCAACAAUCUUGGUGAGGCAGAAGUUGAAUGCAAAUUGGAAGUUAAAGUGAUAUAUCAUGGAGUAAUGACCCCAGGAGAACCAAUCUUCUUGGCGGGGCAGAAAAAGUUGCACAGUAAGGAUUUUUGAAUGUAUAGUGUCAUCUAAGGUGGGGUCUCGUUCUUCAGACUACUUAUGCAAGGGGUGCCUCCACAUAUCAUUGAUUCCUAUAUGCAAGAAUUACAAGCAAGCAACCCUGGCAAAAAGUAGAGCCUCACCACAAUGCUUCUCUGCCACUGCAUUGGGAAAUUGCUAGCCAGCAUUGAAGCGUUUUAACUCCCAUCACAGCACUCCUACAGCAUGGCCUGAUAAUAUCAUAUCUUCCUUCUCUUUCUCUUGCUGUUGCUGGAAAGAAAAUUCACGCAUGGAUUGCUUUUUGGGGUUGAAAUGAAUUACGUUGAAGCUUACCCACAUUUUGUAAUGUUCCACAGUGUUGUGUGUUUCCUGUUUUCUCUCUCUCUCUCUCUUUUUUAUGCCAAAAUGAGCUAGGUAAAAUUGCAUGAGAGCUAAUCUUUUAGUUUGUACCUUAUAUGGCUAGAUAUAUCCUUUUUGUGAGAAGCAGAUACUGCGAAUCUCAGUGGCAAUGCAGUCAGGCCUGGAAACAUAUACCUCUUUUGAUAAAUAAUGGAUAUAACACUUUUCAUAGGCUGCUUUUUAAAAAGGACUUCUUGGUAUAUGUAACAUGCAGCAUUUAACAGUUGUUUCAGCUGAAAGUAUCAUCCAUUAGGAGUUUCUUUCCUCCAUUCAUUUGUGAAUCCCAUUUCUCCUUGCUACUUAUGUCAUGUACAAUAAAGCUGAAGUGUUGAAGA